AUGCCCAAGAGAAAGACUGAAGGGGAUACUAAAGGAGAUAAAGCCAAGGUGAAAGACGAACCACAGAGAAGAUCUGCAAGGUUGUCUGCUAAACCUGCUCCUCCAAAGCCAGAGCCCAAGCCUAAAAAGGCCCCUGCAAAGAAGGGAGAGAAGGUACUCAAAGGGGAAAAGGGAAAAGCUGACACUGGCAAGGAUGGGAAUAAACCUGCAGAAAAUGGAGAUGCCAAAACAGACCAGGCACAGAAAGCUGAAGGUGCUGGAGAUGCCAAGUGAAGUGUGUGCGGUUUUGAUAACUGUGUACUUCUGGUGACUGUACAGUCUGAAAUACUAUUUUUUAUCAAGUUUUAUAAAAAUGCAAAAUUUUGUUUUACUUUUUUUUUUUUUUUAAGCUAUGUUGUUAGCACACAGAACACUUCAUUGUUGUUGUUUUGUUUUUUUUUGGGGGGAGGAGCAUAUGUCACUAGUAGAAUGUCUCCAAAGCUGGAUU